AUGAGCUUCAUUCAACGCAUCACAAAGCGGCUGCCCAGCGCGCCGAGCCUUCCCAUAGACGAUGAGCCCCGGGAGAAGGGCCGCAGUUCCGCCCCCUUAGCCUUCUUCCGUCGGCGCAUUCGUUUGAAGGGCAACUCGUCCAUUUCGAUACCCCUGGGAUUUGUUUUACUAUUUCCAUGUCUUGUAAUUGUCUUCAUUCUACUUCUUUUCGUCCGACAUCCCUCGUCACCCGGGGGGAUUCUAAUUCCAGCGGGCACUCCGCCUUCCAUUCGGAAAAUCAGCGAAAAAUAUGACAAGGUUUUCGCCACGGGUUGUUUGCCCAUCGAUCCCGAAGGGCCGAAAGGCCCCAAGGCCAACGCCGCCUUCGUCGUCCUCGCAAGAAACAAGGAACUUGAAGGUGUGAUCCAGUCGCUCAAGUCCAUUGAGCGGCACUUCAACCGUUGGUGGCACUACCCCUAUGUCUUCCUUAACGACGGAGACUUUGAUGAGGAGUUCAUAGCAACGGUGAAGAACUACACCAGCGCGCCAGUGGAGUUUGGCAAGAUUGACGAUAGCAUGUGGGGUUUCCCUGACUGGGUCGACCACGAGGUUGCGAAGGAGGGUGUCCGCAAGCAAGGUGACGCCGCUAUCAUGUACGGUGGUAUGGAGAGUUAUCACCACAUGUGCCGGUUCUACUCAGGACACUUCUACAAGCACCCUCUCCUGAUGAAAUACGAAUGGUACUGGCGUUUGGAGCCCGAGAUCAAGUACUUCUGUGACAUCACUUACGAUCCAUUCCUCAAGAUGAUUGAGGCGAACAAAACAUACGGUUUCACCAUUGCAGUCAAGGAACUCCGCGAGACCGUUCCGAACAUCUUCCGCUACGCAUCGGCUUACAAGCGCAAGAAUAACAUCAAGUCCAAGGGUCUAUGGGAAAUGUUCUUGGAACGGCCAGCCGAGGAGGAAGUCCCCCCAGAGGAAGAGCAGAAGCAGGACAAACUCCCCGAUGAGAUCUUGCAGACCGAACCAGGCGACAAGAGUCUUGAUGACAUCGACCCUGAGGCCAUGGAAGGCGAGAACUACAACAUGUGUCAUUUCUGGAGUAACUUCGAGAUUGCGCGCUUGGAUUGGUUCCGAAGCAAGGAAUACGAAGACUUCUUCAAUCUGAUGGAUCGGAGUGGCGGAUUCUGGAUGGAGCGGUGGGGUGAUGCCCCUAUUCACUCACUGGCUGCGGGUGCUCUGCUAUCCCCGGCCGACAUUCAUUACUUCCGUGACUUCGGUUACCGGCACACCACCAUCCAGCAUUGCCCGGCCAAUGCCCCCGCAAGGCAGCUUGCCCGUGAGCCCUACCUCGAAAUGACCACCGAGGAUGAGAAGAAGCGGAUUGAAGAAGACGAGUACUGGGCCACCCCUGACCCGGUUAAGGAGAACGGUGUCGGUUGCCGGUGUCGCUGCGACACUGACAUUGUCGACGUUGAAGGCAAGCAAGGCAGUUGUCUUGCGGAGUGGGUCGAGGUGGCUGGUGGUUGGGCAUCGCCAUAA